AUGUCCUCACCAACCCCCACAAAAGUCACCAUCAUCGGCGCCGGCGGCCAUCUCGGACGCCAUAUACUAACAUCCCUCAUCGCUGGCCCUAACUUCCAAGUCUCAAUCGUAACACGCCAACACUCGGCAAAUUGCAAUAGUGUUAACUUCCCACCUCAUAUCCCAAUCCACCGCAUCCCCAGCGACACCUACGAUGAAACCGAGUCCCAACUCAUCUCGAUCCUAACCGGGCAGGAUAUAGUCAUCAGCGCAAUAGCCACGCGAGCUGUAGGCCAGCAAAAGACCAUCAUCGACGCAGCAAUCAAAGCCGGUGUGAAGCUCUUUAUCCCAUCGGAGUUCGGGCACGAUACCCGGAACCAGCGCGCUGCGGAGUUACUGCCUGAGUUCCUUUGCCAGACGAAGAGGGAUAUAGUGCAGUAUUUGCAGAGCAAGGAGGAUGCAGGGCUGAAAUGGACGGCGUUUGUGACGGGGCCGAUUUUUGAAAUGGCUAUUUUCCACUAUCUGGGCUUCGACGUCGGUACAAAGAACGCCUCGAUUCUUAACGAUGGAACGCACCGCUGGUCUGCGACAACUUUUAGCACCGUGGCUCUCGCAGUCAAGAACGCGCUGCUCAUUCCCGAAACCGCGAACAGGUACCUGUUUAUUGAAUCGUUCAAUGUCUCGCAAAAAGACAUCCUUGCUGUUCUUGAGGGUCUCACUAAAAAGCUAUGGAAUGCGAUCUUUCAGGAUGCGGAGGAGGAAAAGCGGCUGGCGCUGGAGAAGCUCUCCAAGAGGGACUACGGUGCCAUUCCGAUGCUGAUGCGGUACGUAACCUGUACUGAAGGGUAUGGAGGGGAUUAUAUGAGAUAUGAAGAGGGGGCAAAUAAACUGUUGUCACUGCCUGAGGAGAGUCUAGCGGAUGUUCUGGCUAUAAUGGUGGGAGAGUAG